CGACAACCCGCCACCCCGUCCCCAUCCCCUCAAUCUGGUCUAGCUUGGUCCGCCCACCAUGUCGAUGGAAGAAAGCAUCAGUCUCGAGGAGACUAACAAGAUCCGUAUCUCCCUGGGCCUAAAGCCGCUCUCCGAGGACGCAGCACCCGCGGAUGACCAAGACAAGCAGGCAGAGGACAACUAUGCCAAGCGGCGUGAGGCUGCAGCAAAGGAAAGCCAGACAAAGAAAAUCGUGGACCGGAUAGCCAAGGUGAGAAACAAACGAGAGCUCAAUGCCUCACUUACGGGUGUAACCCUUGGUGACCCCGAAGGCGACACAGACGACGCCUUGAAAUGGAUCAAGAAGGCUAAGAAGAAGGAAAAGGAGCUGGCGAAGAAGCGUCAGCAGGAGCUCGAGAAUAUGGACAAGAUGUUCCAAGAGGAGUACGGCGAGAAGGACCUCGCGGGUCUCAAGGUCAACCACGGCCUUGAUGACCUUGACGAAGGCGCCGAGCACAUCCUCACUCUCAAGGAUAGUCGUAUCCUCGACAACGAAGAGGACGAGCUGCAGAACGUAGAGCUCGCUGAGGCGGAGCGCACGCGCAAGAACAACGAACUUAAGAUCAAGCGGCGUGACUACACAGGGUAUGAUGACGAAGAAUUCACUGAAGGCAAGGCUGGGAUGAAGCGCUCUGUUCUAGCCAAGUACGAUGAAGAGCUUGAAGGUUCAAUGGAAAGUGGGUUCCGCUUGGGAAGCUCGGCUGCAGCUGUGAAAAAGGAAAUACCAAAGGCUGAGCAAGAGUCGACCGCCGUGAAUCGCGCAUUGCUGUCAAUUGAUUAUGACAAAAACCUUGAGAUGUCAGACUAUCUCAAAGAGGGCGACGUGGGGUUCAAAAAGCCAAAGACUAAGAAGAAACGGUCCUCCAGACGAGCGCCCGUCGAUAGUGAGCUCGGCGCCGCGGACGGUGACGAAAAUGGCAUGGACGUCGAUGAGAAGCCGGUGGCGCUACGGCCACGUGACCUCGAUGCUAAUUUUGUCGACGAUGAUGACUUGCAAGCUGCAUUGGCGCGGUCACGUCGCGCAAAGAUCCAUAAACCGCGGAAGCUCGCGCCCGAGGAGAUUGCACGGAGAGUAUUGGAGGAGCGAAAUCGUGACCAGUCAGCGAAUGUUGAAGAUGUGCCUGUUAAGGUGGAAGACCCGGAUGGGGUUGGGGAAGGGGAGGAGGGAGUGGCGGGUGGUGGGCUUACGUUCGACGAUACGUCCGAGUUCGUCCGGUCCAUCUCGUAUAACCCUGUUGCUGUCAAGGUUGAGCCCGUCGAGCCUGCGUCUGUCCCGCCGCCGAAGGCUGCAACCCCUGUCGCGAAACGGGAAUCGGGUUCUCCUACGCGCGGCGACGCGUCGAUGGCGGAGGGCGACCAGGCGAUUGACGAAAUCGAAGCAGGCGAGGUUGUCAAAGAGGAGGGUGAAGAGAUGGACGACGAACAGAUGCUGAGCGCCAUCGAGGCGAUGAUCAAGCAGACGGAAGAAGAAACCGCCGCCGCUAAGGAGGGUGAAGUAGCAGAAAAUGGCGAAGGCGACGUGGGCACAUCGAGCGAACAGACAUUUGGUUCGGGCAUGGCUUCGACGCUCAACAUCCUCCGGCAGCAGGGCAUCCUAUCCACGCCCGCGGCUGACCAGACCGAGCGCGAGCGGGUCCAGCGGCAGCGGGACGUCUGGCUCGCGGACUACCGCUUCUGGCAGGCGCAACGCGAGCUCGAGCGUCUCCAGGCGCGGGGCGGGAACAAGGACCAGGCGCAGCGCGAGUACGAGAACCGAAUGCGGGAGCAGCAGGAGGCACGGCAGCAGCUGGACCUUUUCAAGAACUACAAGCCGGAUGUAAAUAUCGUAUACUACGACGAGUUCGGGCGGACGCUGACGCCCAAGGAGGCGUGGAAAGCGCUGUCGCACAAGUUUCAUGGGAAGGGGUCGGGCAAGAUGAAGACCGAGAAAAGGCUGAAGAAGAUCGCGGAGGAGAAGAAGCAGGAGGCGAUGGCGAGCGGGGAUACGCCGUUGAGCAUGAACAAGGCCUUUCAGAUGCGGCAAGAGAAGACGGGCCAGGCGCAUUUCGUACUCUCGGUGGGCAAUCGGGGUGCUGUCCCGCAAGCUGCAGAGUUCCUCGAGCCUCAACCGCUAUCCAAGGGCAAGACCGAGAAAACCAAGAGUAAGAAGAAGGGCGCCGACAAGGCCUCCAACGCCCAAGGCGCGAACGGGUCCACGGGAGGGUUCAUGACCGUCCCCGCCCCGCUGACGGUCCAUUCCACCACCGCUUCUGACUCUCCCGGUUCGGGCUUUGCAUCCAUCGUCAGCGAAGCCGGCACCGGUGCCAAUUCGCCUGCGCCUGCAGGUCCGAAGAAGUCAGGUUUCUCGCGUAUCUCAUCGGCCGUGGGGAGCGGUUUUACGCCUUCGCCGACGGGUACACCCGGUGGCACGCCCGGCGGGACGCCUGUGCCUACUGAUCGGACCAAGGUUGCGUUCGGGUUUGGGAUGAAGAGGAAGGCGGAGGACGAGUUGGCCGGGGGCGGGAGCAAGCGACGGUAGAUGUUCGGGGCUUUGCGGGGGGCGAUAGGGUGCGACGCGACGCGAUGACGAGUUGCUUGAGUCUAGAUAUUUUCCUCGUGCAUUUGUGUACUGACGAGACCUGUACCUCAG